UGAUGUGCUAAACGAGAGAGAGCCUGCCUGCCACCUUUUGAAAGCACAUCGAGCAACCGCGUAAACCGGUCCCAUUCAUUACCCCACGCUUUAAACAACGAGACCUUUUUAUUCAUCAUCACCUCUACAACAAAACAAUGGCAGUUGCUCAACCGGGACCAUUUACCCGACUAAGGACGCCAGGCUUGGCAGCAUACAAUGUAGCCUGGUCACCUUUCUUCCCUAAUAGACUAGCGAUCGCCUCUUCUGCGAAUUAUGGAUUGGUAGGAAAUGGAAGACUUAGCAUUGCUUCUCAUGCUCCCUCUAAUCCUGGUCAACCACCACCGACGCUACAAACGGAAAAGUUUUUCGAAACACAAGAUGGUCUGUAUGAUGCGGCAUGGUCAGAAGUACAUGAAAAUCAAUUAGUCACAGCAAGCGGAGAUGGAAGUAUAAAGUUGUGGGAUGUUACAUUGAACGAUCAUCCGAUCAGACAUUGGCAAGAACAUGCGAGAGAGGUCUUCAGUGUUGAUUGGAAUAAUAUUAGAAAAGACGUCUUUGCAUCUUCAAGUUGGGAUGCGAGUGUUCGUAUUUGGAACCCGGAAAGACCAACUGCUUUGCUUGCAAUCACUUCACAUACGGCUUGUGUAUAUGCUUGUGCUUGGUCACCGCAUAAUGGAGAUCUAAUAGCAACAGCAUGCGGUGAUGGUCAUCUACGGCUUUAUGACGUUCGAGCUUCUAGUCUAGGAACAGGAGCAGCAGGCUCCCCCACACAAACACCCGUUGCUGUCGUGCCUGUGGGUGGAGAAGUUUUGAGUGUGGACUGGAACAAAUAUAGGCCAAUGACACUGGCAACCGGAAGUACGGAUCGAGGUGUGAAAGUAUGGGAUUUGCGUGGAGCAGGAAAGGCAGGACCUGGAAUGGGUCCAGGCGGACUACGAGGUGGAGAGAAUACGGCAGCUUUGUUAGGACAUGAAUAUGCGGUCAGAAAAGUAGCUUUCAGCCCUCACGAUGCAAGAUCUUUGGCAAGUGCUUCGUACGAUAUGACCGCUCGUGUUUGGGACAUUGAUGCCGGACAAGCAAUGUCUGCUGGUCCACGUAUAGGUGCAGCAGGUGCAGGAUCAUCUCUGAGAAGGAUACACGAUGGUCAUACAGAAUUUGUUGUUUCGAUCGGUUGGAGCUUGUUUACGCCUGGAUUGGUAGCCAGCGCUGCAUGGGACACGGAAACUCAUCUUUGGUACGCAUAGAAUAGCAUGUUUAAAGCAUUUCGUUUGAUUAGGUUCGAACAAUGUACAAUAUUUUACA